AACCGAACCGCCUUGACAUUCUGCAAGUCGUGUUUCCAACUUGCAACUUUGCGCCGCGGGAUCACCGGACAUCACCAUUCACGACGACGAAGACCGCAUUUAAACCCGCAAUACGAAGCGAACAUCUCUGCUCGAAAUUCUUCACCAUGGCCGGCGGCGGCUCCAUCGGUACCAACGGGCAUGCGGACUCGAUUAAUUCGCAUGAUGACGAUUCCAAGAAGCAAGACAAGAAAAAGAGCAAGAGGCCAGCCAACACGGCCUUCAGGCAACAACGUUUGAAGGCAUGGCAGCCAAUUCUCACUCCAAAAACGGUUUUGCCGUUAUUCUUCGCCAUCGGCGUCAUCUUUGCCCCAAUAGGAGGUGGGCUUCUCUACGCCAGCACUACCGUGAAAAUGAUAUCGCUGGACUACACCAACUGUGCGACUCAGGGGGGUGACAACAAGUUCGAAAACAUGCCUUCCGGUUUGGUUAAGACCCAAUUUGCGUCGGGAAAUCAAGUCAAUCCUCCUCAGUGGAGCAGGUCAACGAAGAAAAUGAAGUUCGCCACCAACACGAAUCCGAAUCAGAAUGAAACCGAUGUGUCUGUCUGCACUCUGCAGUUUACACUCCCCGAGAACAUGUACCCUCCGGUCCUUAUGUACUACACCCUCACCAACUUCUACCAAAACCACCGCCGCUACGUCAGCAGUUACUAUGACAAACAGCUCAAGGGAGACAAAGUGGACGUUGGCGCUGUUCGCUCCUCGCCGUGCACACCCUUGACGGCUGAUUCCAACGGCAAAGCGUACUAUCCGUGUGGACUGAUCGCGAACUCCUUGUUCAAUGACACCAUCUCCGAGCCCGUGCUGCUUAACUCCAACUCGGCAGAGGCGAAGAACGGUUCUGAAGUCUACAAAAUGGCCAACAACUCCAACAUUGCUUGGCCCUCUGAUGCAGAAUUGUAUGGAAACUUCCCGUCCGAUAUGAACAUUGAUGACGUCGUCCCUCCGCCCAACUGGAGGAAGCAGUAUGGCGACAAAUACACGAAGGAAACUGUGCCAAAUUUAAAAACAUGGCAAGCCUUCCAGGUGUGGAUGAGGACCGCAGGUCUGCCUAACUUUAGCAAGCUGUACCGCCGCAAUGAUUCUUCAACUAUGAAAGAGGGUACCUAUCAGGUUGAGAUCGAGAGCCAUUGGCCUGCCGAUGCUUACCGCGGCACCAAAUCGCUUCUGAUCACGACAAGGACCGUUAUUGGUGGUAGAAAUCCGUUCUUGGGAAUUGCCUACAUUGUCGUGGGCGGCAUCUGCAUCAUCCUUGGUGUUAUCUUUACCGCUACUCACUUGAUCAAGCCGAGAAAAUUGGGCGACCACACUUAUCUUUCCUGGAACAACGCUCCGGCACCCAAGAGAGGUGCUGCGGGAGCACCGCCAGGCACGGCACAGGCAUCGGGACGCGAUUACGGCGGAAGGGCCGAGGCAUAGAGUGCCAGUCGGGUAGCCUUGUCGACGUUGCACGGGCCUACCACCCCCAGAUCAGAACGUCAGGCAACCGCAGCGACGGCCACCAACUCACCAAACCGCGGUCCUUCUACUCCAACUCGUUUCGUUUCUCCGCAACUCACAUCUGGCCAGUUCUUUACUUUCGCGGGCGAACGCCGCAUCCCCCACUCAACCGACGGCACUACACUGGUUAAUAGCACCACCAGUCUCAACAGCACUCCACGCCAGAGUAGUCUGAAAGUCUGUGGUACCUGUGCGUUGGAUUGGAGUAGGGACAGACAGCGACCGCUUAACCACUAUGGAGAUGACGGGGACUGUACCGGCAGUAUCGAGUUGCCGUCGCCAACUGUGCCACCUCGAAACUCAAGCGUAAGCGGCCAAGGGUGCGAUUCUCGAGCGGAUGGUGACGAUCGAAUUUUGUUGCCGCAACUUCGGGGCAGGGCGUGAUGCGUGUGUUUUCAAGACAAUUUUGUACUUUUUUUCCCCGUGACUUCCUUUCUCUUUGUGGUCUGAUAUGGUUUCCCCCAGUCUUGUUUCUCAAAUUUUCUUCCUUUCUUUUCGUGUUCUGCGUCUGAUGAGCGAGGGGAAUCCGAUUUAAUCGGCCAAUACGAUAUUAUCAUGAAAUUACUCCCAAUGGGUGGGAACGGCAACCAGACAACAUGUGUCUGUUUUUCAUCGGAAAGGUUCGAAAUCACUGGAGUUGGCGUCGGCUUUUUUUUCCUGUAUUGUUUUCUUUUUUUCUUCUUUUUUCCCUCACAAUUAUGUCGUGCGAUUUGUACUUUCGAUACGCACACUAGUUUCCUAUGGCGAGUUUCUUAUCGUACAUUGGAAUAGAACAUUUUAUCCAUAUAUUAUGAUCCGUAGCAGCCUACUCCGAUUGAGCCCAUGCACUCUCGUAGUCGCAACUUGUAAUUACCACAAUUGUAGACGGUUGAUCACUCACCGACGAUAUAUCUUUUCGUGUUGCCGUGGACUUGCAACAGAAACAAUUGCAUGGGGGAAUGGCUCCGAUAAUGCAGCCUUGGGUAUUAGUGAAGCAGGUAAAAAGAUAAAAAGUCAGAAUUAUUAUGGCUUUCUACACCUCUAGGACAUUUUGUUUGAUCUCUCUGCCUCUAGCCGCCCAAAACGAAACAGAAUGGCCAAAAUCGAAUAACAAAGUAAAGAGCAAUAAAUACCAAAACCAAAACUGGGGGUAUACCGCACCCUGUGUGCUCCAUAAAACGCCAAAAAAAAAAAAAAAUACCGAAAAGGGAAGAAAAAAACAUCCAAAAGUUUUAUGUACAAGUGGAAG